AUGCAUCACUUGGGAUACGAUUAUGUUGCUAAUGGCCGUGCAAAACGAGAUGGUGUAAGAUAUUGGAAAUGUGCUGUUUCAAGAAUUAAUUUUUGUCCCGGUUCAGCUAAAGAGAUAGCACCAAAUCGGUACCAAGUACUAAGUACCCAUAACCAUGACCCUAACAUUCCAAAUCCUAUUAUCGCGUUCAAACAUUGUUUAAAAAGAAGAGCUGCUCAAGAGACAGGAUCUUUAAAAACCAUAUAUAGUGAAGAGGCUUUGCGAUACCAUGAUGCAGCUCUUCAGUAUCCUUGGUCAACAGCCGAAAACAAAAUGAGACCUGCUAGACGAGAUGCACUUCCGCCUAUUCCAGCAAGUCUUCGUGAAUUAGGUGAUGUCUUUGAAAACGGAUUGUUGAAUAGAUACUCUUGCUUCCGUGAACGUAUCAUGUACAAGACUUGCCUUAGAGAUUCAAAUGGGUUUUAUUCUGUAGUGUUUGCUUGUAAUGAGUUAUUGGAUGAAGUUAUUCGUUAUGGUGUAACCGAAUUACAUGCCGAUGGUACGUUCAAAGUAGUUCCUUCCAAUUUAGGAGCAAAGCAAGUAGCAACUACUAGUCAUCCAUUGCAUGAUCCAAAAUCACUCUAUUCCUAUAUUAUUUGCACUCAUGCAAAAAAAAUCUAA